AUGACGGAAGCGGAAUACCCCGCCAUUCGCAUCACCACGACUAGUCAAACAUUCAAAGGUCAUGAAGAUACUCUCUUUGCAGUUGCAGUCUUCCCCGAUAGACGCCGUAUGGUGACCGCGUCGUACGACAAGACGCUUUGUUUGUGGGACUUAGAUGAUGGUGUUGUAUUGAAGAUAAUGGAGGGACAUCGCUUCGGCAUACGAGCUGUUGCAGUAUCAAGAGAUGGGAAAUGGAUUGCAAGCGGUGAUUUUGGCGGAGAGCUCAUCGCAUGGAACAAAGACGGCGAAUCUCUCACCCAGCCUAUCAGAGUCCACUCCAAACAGAUAUGGUCGCUUGAUUUUUCCCCAGACAGCACAUUGCUGGCGAGCGGCUCAGUGGACACCACAGCGGAGCUCUGGAACACACAAACAUGGCAAGUGCAAGGAUAUCCAAUCAAUUGUGGGCCUGGUGCCGAAAUCCGCUGUAUUCGGUAUUCACCGUCUGGUGAAUAUCUUGCCAUCGCAACCACGAUAAAUAUCCAGAUAUGGAAUCCAGGCAAGAGGGAAUGCAUCAAAAAGUUCCAGGAUCACUCUGCACUCAAUGGAGCAUAUAAUAUGUCGCUCGCGUGGACGCCCGAUGGCAAACAGCUUGUCUCAGCUGGUGAUGAAUGUGAUCCCACCAUACGCAUUUGGGAUCCAUCGACCUGGAUGCAGGUCGGUGAACGCUGGAAGGGUCAUACUGACUUUGUCUUCAUGAUUGCCUUGAACCCUGCUGGCACCCUCCUCGCGUCUGCAUCUGGAGACCAACAGGUUCGCCUUUGGCGACUUUCGGAUCGACGAACCAUCGCCAUAUUCAAGCACCCCAAUCAGGUGUUUUGUGUCAACUUCUCCGCGGAUGGCAAACACGUUCUCAGCGGAGGUAGAGAUGAUAUAAUCUCAAAGUGGGCAGUACCUUUACUGGGCGAUGUUCCCGAGGACCAAUUAUCAAAUGAUGCAUUACGAGAAGACACUUUGAAGGAACAUGCGGCAAAUCUUAUCCUGGUCAUCAACACGACAGCCCGCGAUGCAUGCAUAUCCGGGGACUUGCCUACUGCUGCCAGGCUGCUCACCCAGGAUAUCAACGCCGAUAGGAACAACUACAACUCUUACGCGAACCGCUCGUUUGUUAUGGCAAGAAAAGCCGACUGGGACCGCGCACUUGAUGAUGCACUAAAAAGCAUCAGUAUUCAGUCAUCCUUGAUGGGCUGUAUCUCCAAGGGCAUCGCCCACUGUGGAAAACGACAGUUCCAAGAUGCGAUGAAAGCAUUUGAUCUUGCGUUCAUUGUUUCAUGUACUCGCUACUUACGCGACAGUUGUCAGGCCAUCGCCCUUUUCAAUGCAGAUCAACAUGAUGAGGCAAUUCUGCGCGUCCAAGAGCUAGCUACCACCCGUCCCAAUGCGAAUUUUCUUGCCUGUGGUAUUGUGGAAGCUUAUCUACACGUCCAAGUGGGAAUGAAUGCAUUAAACGACGCACAUCACAACGAAGCGACUGGUCAUUUCACUGCUGCUGUCAACAUUAUCGGUAUCCCGUCUAUGUCUGACAUCCAUUCUACGUAUGAUGUCUUCGCGGUGUUAUUCGGAUGGGACCUAAAGUCCUUGUGGCGAACUGUACACCAGAAUUGGUGCCAUGCGUUCCUUCGAGCAGGUAGACUUCCAGAAGCCAUCAAAGCAUACCGAUACAUGAUGGAUAGGGCUGAUGAGGCUACGAAAGCUUGCUGCCUUGAUUGGUCCACUGGCAAGUCUUUCGUUCUCUAUACGACUGCCGGUGUGACUGACCUCGCUGCAAGCGGAGAUGAUGCCCUCGCUGUGGGUCAUUACGACAGGGCUAUCGAGCUUUACUCUGCGGCAAUCGACCUCGAUUUUGCAACCAAUACCGUCUUUGCGAACCGUAGCAAGGCGAGGUCGGGAAAAAUGCUUUGGGACGUGGCACUCCUCGACGCGGAAAAGGUCAUCGAACUCAACCCCUCAUCUUACUUUGGAUAUCAGUUGAAGCAUGCAGUACUUCAUGACGCACACCGAUACGAUGAAGCUAUCGAUACGUUCAAAACCAUGGUCUCCAAGUUCGAAAGUGCUCCCAACACAGAAACAACAAACGUCCGCCAACAGUAUGUCAGUCCGUCCGAAGCAGAAGGUGCUAUUCAGGAAACUAUCAAAGGCCAACUCGACGACGCUCCGCAUCGUCUGCUCAACACCUCCACUGGGCGCUUGUGCAAUCGCGAGGUACAGAUCAAGGCCUUCAAAAUGAGCACGGAGUACAAAGAACUUUUGUCGUCCACAUUGAAGCAUGCAGACCUUCAAAUGGAGCGCAUCCAAGACGCGGUGGCAAUGUACUUCCGUUAUGCCAUGCUAUCACAUAGGUGGGAAGGAACGGAGCCGUCGCUGCAUGACAUCCAGGGCAAAGUGGUAUAUGAGUUGGAUCCAGUUGGUGGCAUCGCGAAGUUGCAGUCAUUCUGUGAAACUACUCGUGGCAAAGGGUAUCGCUGGGCAUGGAUCGAUACGUGUUGCAUCGACCAGACUAACAACGUCGAGCUCCAACAAUCGGUCAAUUCCAUGUUUAUCUGGUAUCGUCACUCAGCGCUUACCAUCAUCUACCUGUCGGAUGUUCCACCUUCGUCGCAGCCUGGCGCACUCGCCAGUAGUGCUUGGAACACGCGAGGAUGGACAGUUCAAGAAUUUCUGGCCCCAAGAUUUGUCCUCUUUUAUCAGAAGGAUUGGUCCCUUUAUCUCGACGAUCGCUCUCCCAAUCACAAAGAUUCCCUUGCAAUCAUGCAGGAGAUGGGAAAUGCGACAGGCAUAAAUGCACAAGCCCUCGUUGCAUUCAGUCCAGGGAUGAGAGACGCCCGGGAGAAACUCCAAUGGGUGUCGGCGCGUGUCACCACGUGGCAGGAAGAUAUUGCAUACUCAUUGUUUGGUAUCUUCGGCGUCAACCUGCCUGUCAUUUAUGGGGAGAAGAAGCAAAGGGCGCUUGGGAGGCUCUUGCAGGAGAUCGUAGCCCAGUCGGGUGACAUCAGUGCCCUGGACUGGGUGGGGCAAUCAUCCGAAUUCAAUAGCUGUCUGCCGGCCGAUAUUACCUCGUAUAAAGCUCCACCAUACACCCCGCCAUCUCUGUCCGAACAUGACAUUCAACUGUCGAUUCCCUCGCUCCGACAUGCUAUGGCUGUGGAUUUGGCAUUGGAAAUUUAUGCCCAGCUUGACAAGCUGAGCGCGCCUCGUUUCGCGAACUGCAGACUGCAUCUGCCUUGCAUCGCAUUUCGUGUCAUAGCAGUCAAACAGAGUCGCGCUGAAGACCAAGAGACAUAUGAAAUCAAGGCCGAAGGGCUUCAUGACCUGCUGAUCACCACAAAGGACAAGCUGAAUCAGCCCUCAUCAACACGACGCACUAUGCAGUCAUUCUUACUUGUUCGUCCGUGGAAUCGUGAUCUCCUCGAGCUUCCUGACCUCGCAGAGCCGUCUGGCUUGGCAGAGCUGCCAGACGUUGCUGAUGAUACGCAGAGCGAAGAAGUUUAUUGGUCUGCACCCGGGUCCCCAUUACAGAAUUCUCCCGGGGGGUUCCCUGAAGCACAGGAGUCGGUUGAUUUGGAACUGAGCGAUCGAGCUUUGCGAUUGAUUGUUCAUCUUGAACAGCCUUUUGGCGCAUUUUUGCUAGCGCAUCAGCGUGGCGGAGAAUACAAGAGAGUCGCGUCGGAUCAUGAUAUUAUUGCACAAGUCAAAGACCUUUCUUCUAUUCCGGACAUGGUCAAAACGCUAGAGAUAUUGUAG